AUGUCCACUUUCCUAGAGGAUAGACUCUAUCUCCUAGGUCUAGAGUGGGCUAAGUUUCAGAUAGGCAUUUGGAUGCACUUCAAACUGCCGCACCUGAUUGAUGCAUCUUCACUUAAAAAAGAGGGAAUCCGAAAGGUUGUCAUGACAGAAAUGCUUCCAUAUGAUGAGAUGCUCGUGGAGCUUAGACUCGAAUUACUGUCGCUGGAAGAAAGAGAGCCAGCGUCUUUCCAAUUCUACCGCCAGAUCGGUGCCAUGGUGAUUCGGAAUGCCGAAAUUACUCAAGGCCCUUUCAUCACUUUAAAAUUAGCCCAGAACAUUCUUUACAGAUACUUGAAUCGAUGCCACGCGGAAAUAUGGAAGGGAGCAGUACCCAAUCGAGGCUCUCCAAGCACGAUGGGAAGCGCUUUCGGAGAUUCCAGUCACGACUUUGAAGGGAAUGACUGCGACAAGAGUGUUGGAGAUAGCGACUCCACUCAAAGUCAUUUCUAUCGAUCCCCAGAUGAACUUCGAUUGACGCAGCAGACUUAUGAUGACUUUGUCUACACAAGUGCUUUGAAAGAGAUGGGAGAUAUGGAAUCUUGCGUGCCGCGAUAUACUUUGAAGCGAAUGGUGGUUGAGCCUCCUAAAUGGAGGGCGAUAGUCCAAUAUAGGGAUCUUCAAUCUUUUGCGGAGGCUAGUUCCAAGAAGGCAGCAAAGCAUUCUGCGUCAAAAUCUCUUUGGUUCCAAAUGGGCAAAAGCCCGUUGGAAAAUUGA